UGUCAGUGCUUUCUAAGCCACCGGUCCCCAGAGGCCGUCAUCUAUUAUGUUCCUUCCCAAAGUCUGUCAUCGCCUCUCUCUCCUCUACCCCUCCUUCGCCGCCACUUCUCUCCGCUCCCUCUCCUCCGUUCCGUCGAUCCCCGCGCCUGGGCUUCUUCGGUUCGCGCGCAAGAAGCCGGCGAAGCCUAUGACCUCCCGCGCCGCCUCCGCUUCCUCCAGGCUCUCAAGGCUCGCCCCCUUCGCCUCGGCCGCGGAGGAUGGCGCCGGGGAUCCCAAUGGGUCGAGUGCUCCCUCUUCCCGCCCCGAAGAGGACGAAGAAUUGUCAUUAGGGGGUGGGUAUCACCUUCCUCCAAAGGAAAUCAGAGAUAUUGUUGAUGCACCACCACUUCCUGUGUUGUCAUUUUCACCUCACAGGGAUAAGAUCCUAUUUUUAAAGCGUAGAGCUUUGCCACCAUUAUCAGAACUUGCGAGACCAGAGGAAAAACUUGCUGGUGUACGGAUUGAUGGAAACUCUAAUGCACGGAGUCGGAUGUCUUUCUAUACUGGAAUAGGGAUCCAUGAAUUAAUGGAUGAUGGCAAAUUGGGCCCAGAGAAAGAGGUGCAGGGUUUUCCUGAUGGAGCUAAGAUUAAUUUUGUUAGCUGGUCUCAAGAUGGCCAACACUUAUCCUUCAGUGUUAGAGUCGAUGAGGAGGAUGGCGUUAGCAGCAAGCUCAGAGUAUGGGUUGCAGAUGUAGAAUCAGGAAAAGCUAGGCCACUUUUUCAGUCGCCGAAUAUUUACUUAAAUGCAAUUUUUGAGAGUUUUGUAUGGGUCAAUGCUUCCACAUUAUUGGUUUGCAUCCUUCCUAUAUCUCGUGGAUCUCCACCAAAGAAGCCAUUGGUUCCUUCUGGCCCAAAAAUUCAAUCAAAUGAGAAGCAAAAUGUUAUUCAAGUUAGGACCUUCCAGGAUCUGCUAAAAGAUGAAUAUGAUGAAGAUUUGUUUGAGUAUUAUGCCACAUCGCAGCUAGCAUUGGUCUCUUUGGAUGGGACAAUGCAGCUGAUAGGUCCUCCUGCUCUAUAUACAUCCAUUGAUCCUUCACCAGAUGAGAAGUUUGUUUUGGUUACUUCUAUUCACCGGCCAUACUCCUACAUUGUGCCUUGUGGAAGGUUUCCAAAGAAAGUUGAAUUAUGGACAACAGAUGGGAAAUUUGUUAGAGAAAUUUGUGAUUUGCCUCUUGCUGAGGAUAUCCCAAUUGCCUUCAACAGUGUACGCAGAGGAAAGCGUUCGAUCUACUGGAGGCCGGACAAGCCUUCGACAUUAUAUUGGGUGGAAACACAAGAUGGAGGAGAUGCAAAGGUAGAAGUUUCUCCACGUGAUAUAGUUUAUAUGCAGUCUGCUGAAGCAGUAAAUGGUGAACAACCUGAGGUUGUACAUAAGCUUGAUCUUCGAUAUGGAGGUAUCUCUUGGUGCGAUGAUUCCCUUGCUUUAGUGUAUGAGUCUUGGUAUAAAACACGCCGAAUUAGAACAUGGGUCAUCUCUCCAGACCAAAAGGAUGUAAGCCCACGCAUAUUAUUUGAUAGAUCGUCAGAAGAUGCAUACUCAGAUCCAGGUUCUCCAAUGAUGCGAAGAACAGCUGCUGGUACCUAUGUUAUUGCAAAGAUUAAAAAGCAAGGUGAAGGUACUUACAUUUUACUUAAUGGAAGUGGUGCAACACCAGAAGGGAAUGUUCCAUUCCUUGAUUUAUUUGACAUAAAUACAGGAAAUAAAGAGCGAAUAUGGGAAAGUGACAAGGAAAAAUAUUAUGAAACUGUUGUUGCAUUAAUGUCAGAUCACACUGAUGGUGAACUAUGCAUUGAUCAAUUAAAGAUACUUACUUCAAAAGAGUCAAAAACAGAAAAUACUCAAUACUUUCUACUGACUUGGCCCGACAAGAAGGCAUUUCAAAUAACAAAUUUCCCCCAUCCUUAUCCUCAACUGGCAUUGUUACAAAAAGAGAUGAUCAAAUACCAGAGGAAGGAUGGUGUUCAACUUACUGCAACUCUUUACUUGCCUCCAGGUUACAGCCCAUCAACAGAUGGGCCUCUGCCCUGUCUAUUCUGGUCUUACCCAGGAGAGUUUAAAAGCAAAGAUGCUGCUGGGCAAGUCCGUGGUUCACCUAAUGAGUUUGCAGGCGUAGGUCCUACAUCAGCACUUCUUUGGUUGGCUGCAGGCUUUGCAAUCCUAUCUGGACCAACAAUUCCAAUAAUUGGUGAGGGCGAUGAAGAGGCAAAUGAUAGGUAUGUGGAGCAGUUGGUUGCUAGUGCAGAGGCUGCAGUUGAGGAAGUGAUACGUAGAGGGGUGGCUCACCCAAAUAAAGUUGCUGUUGGAGGUCAUUCUUAUGGGGCAUUCAUGACAGCUAAUCUCUUAGCCCAUGCUCCCCAUCUUUUCUGCUGUGGAAUUGCUCGUUCUGGAGCUUACAACAGGACUCUAACUCCCUUUGGCUUUCAGAAUGAAGACAGAACUCUUUGGGAGGCCACUAAUACUUAUGUUGAGAUGAGCCCUUUCAUGUCUGCAAACAAAAUAAAAAAACCGAUUCUAUUAAUACAUGGAGAAGAAGACAAUAAUUCAGGAACACUAACAAUGCAGUCAGAUCGUUUUUUUAAUGCUUUGAAAGGCCAUGGAGCUCUCUGUCGUUUGGUGAUUCUUCCCUUUGAGAGUCAUGGUUAUUCUGCUAGAGAGAGCAUCAUGCAUGUCCUUUGGGAGACUAAUAGGUGGCUGCAAAAGUAUUGUGUAAACAAUUCUGAUAAACCUGCAGACCCGGAUGCCUCUAAUACUGAAUCUCUGAAUGAUAUUGAAAAUAAGGCCCUUUCAGCUAGUGGCGGUGGGCUAGGUCAGGAAGGUUGGGACCAGGAAGGAUUUCAUUUGACACCAAGGUCAUUAUUGUGAGUUACAAGACUGUUCUUGGGCACCAAACAUGCCCAACACAAAAUGUGGGACCAAGCUUUCUGGAAUUCUUUCAAAAAGUCAACCUGCUUUUAACAAGGAUGCUUCAGGCAAAAACUGCACCAACAGUAGUAAUGUAUAUCAUCUCUGCUGAAUUGUAUUCUCCCUAUAAAGCUUAUGUCGUCUCUAGCCACGUAUAUUGCUUAUUAUUAUUGUUGUUACAAUUAUUAUUAUUAUUUGUCUAUUUGAGCAAACAAUGUACACCCAACUGUACAACAUGCUAACUAUUAUUAAUAUCCAUUUGGUUUAGUUGAUUUCCUUGGGCUA